AUGUUUAGCCAACGGCCAUCUCUUUUUGUGGCACAGCUCUUGCUCAACAACGACGGACAGCCCAAGGUUCAGAGAGUGUUUAUCGCCAAUCGUGGAGAGAUAGCAUGCAGGGUCAUUGCCACCUGCCGCAAGCUCAACUUAACCUCGAUCGCGGUCUAUGUCCAAGAAGACAAACUAUCACGCCAUGUUUCAGAAGCCGACGAAGCCUUUGAUCUAGGGUUCAUUGAGAGUGCUUCGACCAACCCGUUCCUCGAUGUCGACCUACUCAUCAAAACAGCCCUCGACGUUGGCGCACACGCCAUCCAUCCAGGAUAUGGCUAUUUGAGUGAGAACCCCGACUUUGCGAACCGCUCGAGAGAUGCUGGUCUCAUUUUCCUCGGGCCAAGCGGUAUCGCCAUGUCAACGCUGGGUAACAAGAGAACAUCCAAGGCCUAUCUUAGCAUGCAUGCCCCAGAAGUACCUCUGAUUCCUGGGUUUUCCGGGACGAGCCAGGGCUCAAAAGACCUCGAGGAGGCAGCCGAGUCCAUCGGAUUUCCGGUCAUGCUCAAGGCUUCCGCGGGAGGUGGUGGGAAAGGUAUGCGAAUUGUUCGCAGUCCAUCGGCCUUGCGUGGCGAGCUCGAGCGCGCACAGUCUGAAGCCAAGCGCAGUUUUGGCUCGGACGAUUGCAUCCUUGAAAAGUACAUUGAGGCUGGCAAACAUGUCGAGAUACAAAUUAUAGGCGACCAACACGGACGAGUCGUUUCGUUGUGGGACCGGGAUUGCUCAGUGCAACGUCGACAUCAGAAAGUCAUUGAAGAAGCCCCGUGUCCGUGGCUUUCCGGUGAUAUGCGCACGCGUAUGAGCAACACUGCUGUGCGGAUCGCAGAACUCAUUGCAUACGAAGGUGCCGGGACGGUCGAGUUCGUCGUAGAUGUUGCUACUGAGGAGUACUAUUUCUUGGAAGUCAACGCACGAUUACAGGUGGAACAUCCAAUCACUGAAGAGAUUACCGGGCUGGAUUUGGUGGCAUUGCAGCUGUACGUCGCCACGGGAGGGAGAUUGGACGCUCUUGAACAAUUAAGGACAGUACCACGAAAUGGCCAUGCCAUCGAGUGCCGACUAUGCGCAGAGGAUCCCAGUCGCGACUUCUUUCCCGAACAUGGGCCCAUACGACUAUGGCAGCCCGCUCCAGGCAUCCUUGGACCAGGGCGUGAUAUCCGUUACGAGACAGCAGUCCAAGACGGCUCUCAGGUGUCAAUCUAUUUCGACUCGAUGAUCGCCAAGGUGAUUGUGUGGGCCUCAAGCCGUUCACUAGCAAUUGAAAAGAUGCUCAAGGUUCUUGCGAACAUGGCAUGUGUCGGAGUCCGGACCAACCAAGUCUUCCUACAGAGCUGUUUGAUGCUCCCCGAUUUUAGAGAUCCCGCAUACACGACAUCUAUUAUCGGAAAAAACUUGGCUAGGCUGUUGCGGAACCCGUAUACACUCGAUGCGGAAGUGGUGUACCGCUCUUUUGGGGCAGUAGCGUGGCUGUAUCAGAGAUCGGUCCAGCAAACCUCGAGAUCAGUGUUCCGCAAUGUCCGGGUCGGCUAUAGGAAUCAACGGUUCGAUCGAAUCAACCGAUUGACUGGCAUCGUUGUUAACAUCGCAGAAGGAACGCCCAAGGAUGAAGCGCAUCAGAACGGCUCCUUAAUCAUCGCUGAGCCCGUCGAAAACGACCCGCGGAAAAUGUAUCUCUCUGUAACCAUUGUGCCCCGGCCGCAGAAACCCUCAGUCAUGAAGCAAAGCCCUGCCAACAUAGUAACAGCCCGGUACAACGCCAUCAGCUCCGAGGUCCGCAGCAAAAGUUCCAACUCGCAGUCUUCAAGCGCAUACGAUCUCGAAUCCAUAAUCCCCCUCCGAGCCUCAGCGUCCUAUCGCUCCGAUGUAGUCACCGCGUUCAUCGCCGGAAAAAAGGCGACAGUCAUCUUCUCGACGCCCCAAUCUAGUGAUCCAAACCUUGGCGUCUCGAUUUACGCACAGAUUCCCGCUCUGGGUACAUGGGUAGAAUUCAAGGUCUUCAGCACGCUCGCUUAUGCUGAGAGUUUGCGAGAAACAGCUGCUAAUGCUGCGGAUGGCGGUGGAGGUAUCAUCAAAGCACCACUGCCGUGUAAGAUAUUGAAGGUUCUGAAGCAGAGCGGCCAGGUGGUGAAGAAAGAGGAGGCGCUUAUGGUGAUUGAAAGCAUGAAAAUGGAGGUCAGUAUCCUGGCACCUGGCGAGGGAGUUUUCCAAAACGUGAGGCAGAGCGGAGAGGCGGUGGAGGAGGGAAGUGUGCUUUGCGAGGUUAGGGCUGAAAACGACGAAGGGAAGGAAGUGGAGUGA